AUGUCCCUCACGCCCACCAUGCCCAAGGACGACAGCAAGCCGCCCCUCGACGACGGCUACUACGACCUCGGCACCCAUCAUCGCCACAUCACCACGAAACACCCCGUCGCCCAGACCUGGUUCAACCGCGGCCUCGUCUGGUGCUACGGCUUCAAUCACGAAGAGGCGGCAAAGUGCUUCCAACGAGCCAUUGACCAUGACCCUUCCUGCGCCAUUGCCUACUGGGGGCUCGCCUACUCCCUUGGCCCAAACUACAACAAGCCCUGGGAACUCUUUGCAAAGAAUGAACUCACCACCACUGCACAGCGUACGCACCGCGCCGUGGAACAAGCCAAGACACACUCUGCCAAUGCCACGCCCGCAGAAAGGGCCCUCAUUGAAGCCCUCCAGUUUCGGUACCCGAGCACAGACGCUCCCGCCAAAUCAGACUAUUGCAUCUGGAAUCGGGACUACGCAGAUGCCAUGGCCUCGGUCGCCUCACAAUUCCCCCAAGACCUCGACGUAGCCACUCUGUACGCCGAUGCCAUGAUGAACCUCACCCCCUGGCAGCUGUGGGACAUCAAAACCGGCGAACCGGCGAAAGAGGCACGCACCCUGGAGAUCAAGCGCGUUCUGGACAAGGCCCUCGCCCAUCAAGGCGGCGACCAGCACCCAGGCCUCCUCCACCUCUACAUUCACCUCAUGGAAAUGUCCCAGACGCCCGAGGCCGGCAUGCCAGCCGCAGACAAGCUGCGUGGCCUCGUCCCGGACGCAGGGCACCUCAACCACAUGCCCUCCCACCUCGACAUCUUGGUCGGCGACUACGCGCGCGCCGUCAUUGCCAACACGGAUGCCAUUCUCGCCGACGAAAAGUUCCUGAAGCGCGAGGGCCCCAUGAAUUUCUACACCCUCUACCGCAGCCACGACUACCACUUCCGCAUCUACGGCGCCAUGUUCUCGGGCCAGUCCAGGGUAGCCUUUGAAACAGUCGACAUGCUCGAGGCCAGCAUCUCCGAGGAACUGCUCCGUGUGGAAAACCCCCCCAUGGCGGACUGGCUCGAGGCCUUUCUCUCCAUGCGCGUGCACGCGCUCAUCCGGUUCGGAAAAUGGCACGAGGUGCUCGCCUUGAAACUGCCCCAAGACACGGAAUUGUACUGCGUCACCACCGCCCUGCUGCACUACGCCAAGGGCGUGGCCUCGGCUGCGCUCAACCGCGUCGACGACGCCAACGCCCACCGGCGACUGUUCCGCGACUCCGUGCCCCACGUGAAACCCUCCAGAACACUGUUCAACAACAAGUGCGUCGAUAUACUCGACGUGGCCGAGGCCAUGCUAAACGGGGAAAUCGAAUACCGCUCCGGGAAUUACGAUGCCGCAUUCGCGCAUCUGCGCGAGGGCAUACUGCGAUAUGACUGGCUGCCGUUUGACGAGCCAUGGGGCUGGAUGCAGCCUGUUCGACACGCCUACGGCGCAUUGCUGCUCGAGCAGGGCCGUGCCGAGGAGGCGUGGGGUAUUUACAGGGCCGACUUGGGCUUGGACGAUACACUGCCCAGGGUGCACCGGCACCCGAACAAUGUGUGGGCGCUGCAUGGAUAUCACGAGUGUUGCGUGAAGCUGGGCCGGAUGGCCGAGGCCAGGGACGUGGAGCCCGUGUUGAAGAGGGCGUUGGAGGUGGCCGAUGUGCCCGUUCGGAGUUCGUGCUUUUGCAGGACGACUGUGACGGCGAGGAUAUGA